UCGAGUCGAUAUACGCUAAUGAGUGUACUUCAUACCUUUCAAGUGUUGAUACGUCAUAAAUUCAUACUUACCGAUCUCGACUGUACAACCGUGUCGAGUUUCCCGGUUUUUACGCGCAUGCGCGAGCGCUGUCGCGCGAGUUCGCUCGAUAUAUCGAAAGGUCGAUCGCCGGCGGCUCGGGAGCUCGCUCGCUCGUGAUUGGCUGACGCCGCCGCGCGGCGACCUAUCGAGUGCCCGCAUCUCGCGGGCCGACAUACGCGGUCGCGUGAAACGCCAACCGCGGAGGGAGAGAGACGGACGUACGGCGGUCGCGAAGGAGGGAGGGAGACAGAGAGUGGAGACCGCGCGUCGCGGCAGCUGUGCCACGCGCCGCGGCCAGUCGAGCGCCAAACCGCCGGCGAAUAGCGCGACCAGCGUCACCGCGGCGAAGGGACAGUGCCGGCCGACGCAGGACGACAAGGACGACAUGAUAGAGUGACCCAUCGAAAGUAAAGGCGGACAAUUCAACGGACCGACGUCGUGAAAAAGUUUUCACGCCAGGACACAGAGGGCCGUCAACAUGGCCGGGAGCCUCUGCCUCCUCGCGCUUCUUUCACUUGCGGUCGUCAAAGACACCGGAAGUUACCCUCAGAGCCGACUUCAAGACCCGAGUUUACUUCAUCGAUCCCCGACGACGGUUUCGAAUCCUUUUCUAACGCCCCGGGGCGACCCUGAAGAGACCAGCUCCGAUUUGGCAUUUCCUCAGCAAGGAGUCAAUCGAACGCUGAUCGAAGUCACCAAUGUACCGACGAGGUCGGUAAUCGACGAGAAGAAGGGGUUCCAAGGGACGCGAAGUUUCCCUCAAAGGAGCGACCGCCUUGAGGAAGACGAAGUUUCCGAGCUUCUGUCCAGGGCCCUGGAAAAUGGGGAGCUCUUCGGCCCUGAAGAGUGGGCUGACGUGGCCGGGAAAAGUCCGAAUAAAGGGGUGCAAAGGGACACCUCCGCCUUCCAGGACACGCAUAAUGCAAAAUCAACGUUGUCGGCACAGAGACCGAGCAGAGACGAGGAACAUCAUCAAGGACAUCGCAGGCUCUUCCAACAGCGACAGGAUUCCACCUCCUCCUACGAUAGGAUGCAAUCCGAUUCGGGACAGAUAGUGUUUCCCACUGAGGAGAGCGAAGCUGCCAAAUUCAUUCCUGGACCGGCUCCGGUCUGUUCGGGCAGUACUUUUUGUGAAGAAGUGAGUUACUAUCCACACGACUACGUGAAGACUGCGCUGAGGAUACACGAAGACCUGAAAUACCUCUCUCACGCGGACGCGGUCGUUGACGUAGUACAGAGGAUAGACAGCCACGACGAGUAUCCGCUCUGCGACUCCACGCAAAUCGUGGUGUACCCCAAAUCAGCGGAGAACAAAGACAAGGAGUGGCUCUUCAUACUCAACCAGGACAACUUCACGCAGGGGGUGCAAAUCGAACAAUGCCUGAACCCAAACAAGGAGUGCAGGGGAACCUCGAGCCCCGUUGCAUCUGGACACAAAAUGACCUGCAAGCAGAAGUACAUUUACCGACAAAUGGCAGCGAUCGCCAGCAACGGGUCGGUGGUAACGCAACAAUUUCGUCUCCCAUCGAGUUGUUGCUGCCACAUUAAAUUCACCGGAGAUGCGAUGACCAGGAUUGGAGUUAACCUUCCAAAGGACCCACAGUCGGCGGUCCAGAAGAGGAAGAAAUGAAGAAACGAACGGCUUCGCGUUUCGCCUCUUCCACUUCCGCCGUGAAAUCUUCGAAAGGUGUGCAGACAUGGAGGGAAUCUGAACGAUCAUCCUUCGGCAGUGAAAGGUGUCCAAGAGGUUCGAUCCGGCAGCAUGGGAAGAUCGAUGGAUCCGAAUCGAAGGUCGGAAGUUUCUCUUCGAGGCCGGACAUCGUCUACUAACUUUGGCGCCGAGAUAUCACAGGAUACCUAGGAGAUGCGUGUACAUAUACUAGUAGAUUGCAUCUCAUGCGAGGACGUUUAAGGACUGUAGUCUUUUGUUAAAUAUAUUCCACAUAUUAUAAGUUAUGUUAAUAUGUCUCUGUACAUACGUACUAGGAUUCGCCUGUAGGUUCGACACGCCACGUAUGGGUGUGGUAAAUCGGAAAAUGCCUUGGAAGGAUCGAGGGAAAUUAUCGAAAGAGGGUACCGAUACAUUUAGGAAAUAGGGUUAAAGGAGAAAACCAAGGGAAAUCAACGAAAGAGUCGCUGGCGCUUCUUUAAGGGGGUCUUCAACCACGAGUUCCUUUCCGGGGUACCAAAGGCAGGUGGAUUACCUUAACUAUUACAUUUUAUAUUACCCCUUUUCAUAGUUAACUCAAGGUAGAUCGAGUUACCUCCCUCGAUGCCGAUCCCAUCGCGUAUAGUUUACCUUCCGCCAGGAUUCCGCGUGGUACUUUGAAUAAUCGCAUGCUUUCCCUGGACUAACGAUUCGUCCUUAAAGUAAAUACAUCUCUGUCUAACGGAAAGGAGCUCAAAUCCACCGACUAGACGCGAACAUGUGAUAUUACGGUUUAUACUGCUGAUACGAGAUUGCUAUUAAUUUUUACUAUUGUUACCACUUUGUUAUCGACCUGCUUGUACCUAUGCUGGGCUUUUUGCAAAUACAUACGAGAUCCAAAGUCA